AUGGCCGCGGGCAAUCCCCAUACUGUUGCUUUCUUCGGUGCCACUGGCGGAUGUACUUUGGCUUGUUUGGUUCAAGCCUUGGAGGCCAGUAUCUGUUGCUCUGCUUUGGUUCGUGAUCCAGUCAAGCUCCAGAAUCUACUGCGCCAACGGGGUGUUUCCGACUCAGUCACCGCAGACAAGCUCUACAUUGUCAAAGGCAGCGUGACAGACCUUGACGCAGUGCAACAGACACUCGUGUACAAUGGUCGACCCGUCGACAUAAUCAUCUCCGGCGUCGGCGGCAAACCCAUUUUCACGAACCCGUUAAGACCCAGGCUCGACAACCCGACUAUCUGCCAGGACGCUGUUAGAACCAUACUCGCGGCAUCCCGGGCACUGGGUGCGAAGCCGGUGCUCGUCGCUAUUAGCUCGGUGGGGCUGAGUACCAAGAAGCGAGACUCGCCGAUUGCCAUGCUGCCGUUCAACUACUGGCUGCUGAGGGAGCCACAUGCGGACAAAAAAGUCAUGGAGGAGACUAUCUUUGAUGAGAUGAAGAAGCCCGAAGCGGAUAGGGCAAUUCGGGACUAUACUCUUGUUCGCCCUAGUUGGUUCACGAAUGGUGAGGGAGUUGGACUGGGUAAGAUUAGGGCUGGGACGGAGAUGGACCCCGCGAUUGGGUACACUAUUUGUCGCAACGAUGUUGGUCUUUGGAUCUUUGAGAACUUCGUUCGUCGGUCAUUACAGUCGGAGAACCCGUAUCUGGGACAGCCGAUAAACAUUACUGCUUGA